AUGUUAACAUACGAUUCGAUACCAUCUGUUUUUGUGUUGAAUGUUUAUCGCUGGUUACUCCACUUCGCCUUGUUUUCGUCGCUUCUGAGUAUGGGAUUCACUGUUUUUGUAGUUCAUCGAUGUAGGUUUACACAUGAAGCGAUAGUAUUAAGUGAUAACAUACUUUAUAUAAUUACUUUAUAAAAUAUUACUGGCUUUGUGGCAGAGUAACCUCUUACUCUUUCUCUUACAGCUCAGAUUCAGAAGAUGUCGACGUAUCGUAUGUAUAUAAUGCAAGAAGUGAUAUGGUCGUUCUUGUAUGAACUUACUAUGGGCCUAUAUGCUCCCGUAUGUUACUUUCCGUAUGUUUGUGUUCACAGUAGUGGCUUUAUGGACAGGUUCCCAGUUAAUAGUCAGCUAGCUGUCAUGUUCGUAUUGCCAUUGUUUGGAGUAGGAAAGGGCGUAUCUCUCUUUACGUUGAAUGUACGACGACUACUCGAAGCAUAUCCACCAUCAUAUAUCAUUAACUUUUUCAAAUUUCGAGGAGCAGUGUCACUGGCUAUAGAAAAUGGGGUCUUCUUUGUGUUGUACACGAUGUUCAUGGUAAGUUGACUGACAUUUUGAUUGCUUAUUAAAAGUAGAUAUAAAUAACACAUAAGUAAAAAGGGUACAAACAUGUAUGUAAAGGUUGUUAUGUUGAUAGUAAGCUUAUUUCAGGGCCCUCUGCUACUAAACAUGAAGUCUCCAGAAGCCGUGAAACAGGUCUUAAACGAAACAGUACCAGUGUUGAGUCAGGUGUUCCAGUCCCAUCCUCAGAUGUUGUGUGUCUCCACCAACGCAGUGCCAAUCCUAUUUGCUAUACCUUUGGUCUUAUUCGUGGGAUCUACCGUAUUCAUGCUCUUUCUGCAGUACUUUAUGUAUACCGUACUGCAGAGUAUGGUGAACCGAGUGUCAGUGCAGACUUACCGUCUUCAGAUGAUGCUGUUCAGAAGUCUGUUCAUCCAAGUAGUUGUGGCAGCCGUCUUUCUCUUACUGCCAGCCGCUAUUUGGACAGCCGGUGGACUGUUCCAGCUGGAGAGUGCACCAGUCUUGUCGGUAUUGGGAAGUAGUGUUAUUGUAAUGCACUCUACUGUGGACUGUGUCUCCAUCUUGCUUACAGUACGACCGUACAGGACGAUACUUAAUAGGAGUAUAUUGAGGUUGUUCACGAAGAAGUUGGAUAUGAAGCAAGAUACGUCUACAAGGAUACUGUACAUCAGCAGGAGAAGCAGCCUUCAGAACGGUGGCUCGAUGAUACGAAUUUCAAGCAAUAAAACUCAAUUCUGAUUACAUACGUUGCGCAGAAGAUGUGUAUGUAAAUAGCGUUGUAGUAAAUGUUUUAAUACUGAAAUAAAUUAAAAAAUUGUUUAUGAUACGAAGAUACGAAAGAUUCGAUAGAAUGAUAUAAACGAAUUUGGAUGUGGAAGUCGUAGAUGUUUGUUUGAGUGACGUUCACAAAAAAUAAAAAAAAUCAUUUUUUAUUUCAAAAUUUUUAAAUUUAAGAAUUAAUUUUGAAAAGUCUUUUUUCAAAUUAUACUUUCAGCGGAACGGUUGUAAAACCUUGGUAAUAAAUGUGUAAGUGACUUUUCUGUUGUCAUACGUACACCAAGUCAUACUUUAUAAUUCAUUCCGUAAUCUGUUGUGUUAUGUUCUUUUAUGUUUGUGUUUUUGAAAUACCUCAGCUUAAUGUUAAAUGUUUUUAUGGUAAAAACAAGGUUAAUCUAUGACAUUUCAGCUCAACCCUUUGGUAUUAUUCGAAACAAGCCAACAGAACCAGAGUUCCAACUGGUACCAGAACCGAAUGGUGCAAUCGAAUUCAAGAGUGACACUCUCAAUGAGAAACAACAUGUUCAGGACCUCAAAAUCACUAAUUCGACCGGUAAACGGCAUGUUUACAAGGUGAGAGUUCACGUCACUAUUAUCAUUUGUAACAUUAUAUAUAAGUGUUAUAAAAUGCGCAUUUAAAUUGUAAACAAGUUUAAAACUGUGAUCUACUUCUACUUUCUUAUUUCAGGUAAAAGUGACAAACGUGAAUUGUUUCCGAGUCAAGUCUCCCUUCGGCUUCAUCGAACCCAAUGAGACUGUCGUACUGAAGAUAGCGUACCAAGCUAGGUCCAUUCCAUCUGGUCUCCAUUUCGUCACCAUCUACCACUUUGCUACUGACAGUCUCGACAAGACACCUCGAGAGCUGUGGUCUCCAGAAGCCAAGCCAGAAGGCGUCCGUCGCUUUCUGUGUCGGUUCCUGAAGGCAGACGGCUCUCUCUACGAAGGACAGCCCAAGAUGGAUGCCCCACCAGCACCUGCCACUGCUACAUCACCCAAAUGUGUGUCUACCGUGUCGACGAAUUCAGUAGCCUCCACGAUCUCUACAACGAGCACAGGGUCAACCUUACCGUCCGCAACUUCUACAGGGUCUACUGCAACUAAUACAGGGUCUUCGGCUACUACUACAGGCACUUCUGCGACAUCUGGUUCCACUGACGCCACAACUGGAGUAUCAGCGACAACUUCAGCGUCAGCCACGUCUACUGAUGCUACAACCGGCACUAGUGCUUCCACAGCUGUUGGUAGUACACCAGUACCAGGUGCUCCAGUAGCCCGGUCUCCAGGUAGUACUGCUUCAAUUGUCGGAAGCCAAAUGUCGGCUUCUGGGCCUGCUCCGGCUUCAAAUCUAGCUACUGGCUCAGCUCCGGCUGCUUCAAACACUGGUGCACCUGGCAAUUCUCCGGCCUCAAAUCCAGCUGCUGGUGCUACAGGAAACCCUUCGGCUUCCGAUGCUUCAGCGCCCGUGUCCUCAGGUCCGCCAAAAUGA